UGUAUAUAAGUGAAUCACCAUUUGAAAUUUACUCUCUUCUUACAUGUAGCUAAGAAAACAGCGUUCAGAAUCACCUCUGCAAAAUGUUCGUUUGAAGCAAUGCUUGCAACCAAACAGUUUUCAAUUCCAAAACACACAGUCCAACAUUACAACAACAACAACGUACACAGUCUCAAAGACACAAUCCUUAGCCACAUAAAACAAUGCUCUGGUGCAAAACCAUUACUAGAAUCAAUCUACGCCACAAUGAUCAAAACCAACUUCAACCAAGAUUGUUUCCUUAUGAACCAAUUCAUAACCGCAUUUUCAAUCUCUUCACACAUAAACCUCGCAACUUCCACUUUCACACAAAUAAAAAAACCAAACACUCUCGUUUACAACGCACUCAUCAAAGCCUGCGUUCAUUGCCAUUCAUCACACAAAGCAUUACUUCAUUACAUCCAUAUGCUCCAAAACGGCGUCGUACCCUCCAGUUAUUCAUUCUCUUCUUUGAUUAAAGCCUGCACGUUGUUAACAGAUCAUGUUAACGGUAAAUUACUUCACGGACACGUGUGGAAAAACGGUUUUAGUACACAUGUGUUUGUUCAAACCACUUUGGUUGAGUUCUAUUCGAAUUUAGGCCAGGUUUGUGAUUCGCGAAAGGUGUUCGAUGAAAUGUCUGAGAGAGAUGUUUAUGCUUGGACGACUAUGAUUUCGGCGCACGUGCGGAAUAAUGACGUGGAAUUUGCGGAGAAACUGUUUGAUGAAAUGCCUGAGAGAAAAAACACUGCCACGUGGAAUGCAGUGAUUGAUGGGUAUGCGAAAUUGGGGGACAUUGAGCAUGUUGAGGUUUUGUUUAGUAAAAUUCCUUCAAAGGAUAUAAUAUCUUGGACAACUUUGAUGAGUUGUUAUUCGAAGAACAAGAGGUAUGGUGAAGUGGUGAAACUUUUUCAUGAAAUGGUUAAUGAGGGAAUGGUUUUUCCGGAUGAAGUGACAAUAACAACUGUGAUUUCAGCUUGUGCUCAUUUAGGUGCACUUGGGUUAGGAAAAGAGGUUCAUUUUUAUUUGAUGGUGAAUGGGUUUGGUCUUGAUGUUUAUAUUGGAUCUUCGUUGAUCGAUAUGUAUGCUAAAUGUGGAUGUGUAGAAAGGUCACUUUUGGUGUUUUAUAAAUUACGAGAGAAGAAUUUGUUUUGUUGGAAUUCGAUGAUUGAUGGACUUGCUACACAUGGGUAUGCGAAAGAGGCGUUAAGGAUGUUUGAGAAAAUGGUGAUGGAAGGAAUGAGGCCAAAUGGGGUUACGUUUGUUAGUAUUUUAACUGCUUGUACUCAUGCAGGGUUGAUCGAAGAAGGUCGAUGUUUCUUUGCUAGUAUGAUUGAGGAUUAUUGUAUUAGUCCUCAAGUUGAACAUUAUGGAUGCAUGGUUGAUUUAUUGAGCAAAGGUGGUUUGCUUGAGGAUGCUUUGGAGAUGAUUAGAGGAAUGGGGUGUGAGCCAAAUGGUUUCAUUUGGGGAGCCUUGUUGAAUGGGUGUAAGGUUUAUAGAGACUUAGAAAUUGCUCGUGUUGCGGUUCGGAAUCUGAUGGUUUUGGAGCCGAAUAACAGUGGGCAUUAUAGUCUCCUUGUUAAUAUGUAUGCCGAAGUUAAUAGGUGGAGUGAGGUUGCGAAGAUCCGAACUGAGAUGAAGCAUUUAGGCGUAGAGAAGAGAUGUCCAGGGUCUAGCUGGAUUGAACUCAACAAGGAAAUUCAUGUUUUUGCUGCUUCUGAUAAAUUUCACUCAUCUUAUGGUCAAGUUCACUUGUUGCUAGUUGAGCUAGAUGAGCAGCUGAGGCUAGUUGAAUAUGUCCCUGAAUCGGGGUCUAUUCUUUAUUGACUUUGGCUCUUCAAGUAGGAGGAUCCUUAGAAGGAGGAUUGAGUUUAUUAAAGAAGAGCUGAAAUUAUGAUGUAAACUGUGAUGUAUAUAAACUAAAUGGUCGAAGACAAACCUUGAUAAGUUAUUGUAUGGUAUGACUCAUAAGAUUUCUUAGCCUCCUUGCUACCCUUUCAAAUUUUUUAUGCCAUUUGACUGCUGAACAAGUAAGUUGAAUUAGAUGUUUGGUAAUGGUCUAUGUGCAAGGCUCAAUAAAGGUUUCUUUUGAUACAUUUGGAGCCAAGGUUCAAUAAGGGUGUUUUUGGCUACUAGCCUCCCUAAUUUGUUUUGGAUGUGUGUCUGUGAUUAUUGGUCUCCCUAAUGGUAAACCUCUGGCUCUACCACCAUUUUUUGGAGCAAUGGCAGUGCAAUGCGCAAUAGAUUUCAGAAUCUAAUUACAGCUAUUGUGUUGCUGAACAUGAAUUUGAAAAGUAAUGUCUCUAGGAAGGUAUUUUAACUAUUGAAAGAAUUGACUCUAAAUAAUGUCAAUACAUGGGUCGAUAAGUUCACUUUGGUAUUGUAACAGAAAGUGAAGAGUAUUUGGCAGAUCACAAAGUUGGCGAUGUUCAAAUGCAUUGCAUCUUUAGCUUAUCAAUAUAGGUUUCAGAAACUUGUUUUUUCUUAUCCAAAUUCUCUUAGAUAAGUGCUUAUUUGUUCUCAGAUUUAGCUAAUUCUAACCUAUUUACCUUUCUUUGUAAAGUUGCUGUACUUGGGUUUAUAAUCAUUUGGUGCAUGUGCUAUCCCCUAACUAGGCAGAAAUUACCUACCUAAUCCUGUGGGACUGUCAAGGGAGCCAUACUAAGUUUAGUUGAUUGGGUUCCUUAACAUAACAACCGUGGGGGCCUUGCUUUAUAUUUAUAUUUAAACUACUGGAGUAGUUUAUAACUGUAUUAUACUACACUGUUUUAUUAUCACUCUGUACAUGUUAAGAAAUAAGUUCUAUCAGCUUUAUAUUGUUACAAGUUCGCA